UUGCCCAAUUGGUUUAUUCAGUUGCUCUGCGGGUACUCAUAUUUCGUUUUGUAUUUACAUGUACAAUUUAUUUAAUUUAUUUUAUGUAAAUUUUACAUAGUUAUCUUUUAAAUAGGUACCGUUGUUGAACGACGUUUACUAUUAUUCUUCCUUUAUCUUUUUCAAAACUGUUAUCAUAAUUAAUUUAUAGUAAAUACAUAACUUCGAACAUGAUUAAUAAUAUGUUAGCUUUUUUUUUUAUGUUUUAUUUUAUUGUAUGUACUUAUGCGGAUCCUGCUGAGAAACUAGCAAAAUGUCGUUUGCAAAUGUCGAAAGCUGAUCUGUCGCAUGAAAAAGACUCUAAAUACAUUGCUGAAAGUAAUUGGAUUGACACUGUAUCUAAUAUUUUAGUACCAAUAUGUAAUAAUGUACACACAUUUCAAGAAAACCAUAAACUUCACUUGCAUAUUUUUAAAGCCAAACAUCAUAUUUUUGAUGAAUUAUUAUUAACAUGUGGAUUUCUAGAAAAAUAUCUAGUUAAUGAUACGAUAGAUAAGAAAGAAUAUAAACCUGUUUUAGACAAUUUAUUACCAACAUGCACUGCUCUAUACAACUACGAUCAAAAUAUAGUAGCAAAUACUCACGAAUCUCAAUUUACUCUUGACUAUUUCUAUUCAUCAACAUGCAAAUUUCUACGCGAGUAUCAAAAUGUAGACGAGAAAGAUUAUAAAGAAUCUAAAUUUACUGUUGACGAUUUCUGUAACGGGUAUGACAAUCCUGCUUACUUCAGUCACCGAGGUAAAUGUGUAACCUGGAAAUCUAGAAACACCUCAGGCCAGUAUAAGCGAUCCAACCACUGAAGUAUCUUCACCAAAAAGGAUUUUCGAUGAGUCCCCAUUACUAUAAAACACUCUUCUAUUAAGAAACUCAAAAUAAGCCUUGGACACCGUACAUAAAAGAUUCCCAAAGACUAUAUAAUAAACCCAAAAUAUAUAUAAUAUAUAAAUAGUAGGUAUUCUUGUUGUAUUUCUUAGAAGGUAGUGUAUUCACACUCGUAUUAACAUUAAACAAUGGUAGAAAGAGAAUCCUUCGGAAAAUCUGGUGGUUGUAAAAAAGUUCAAAUCCAAAGUAUUUCAUACUACGUAAUGUGAAUAUGUGAUUUAGACAAUUAUAUUAUUAGGAUAUUAAGCACCAUUCUAAUAAUAUUACAAGCCUUUCACAUC